AGUCUGACAUUUUAUUUUUUUUCAAAUUCUGCAGCUUGAUGGAACCACUACUGAGGAGAAAACUGACACAGAUAAAAAUAUGGCCACGAUGUUUGAUAUCCUAAGGAAGAAUAGGAUAGUACAUCUCGAAAAUUUAAUAUCAAACAGGGACUCCUUUGCACAGACCGUGGAAAAUUUAUUUGCUCUAUCCUUUCUAGUAAAAGAUGGACGGGCUGAGAUAAAAGUUGAUGAAAAAGGCAGUCAUCUAGUUACUCCAAAGAAUGCUCCUGGCGCCAAUUCAGUUCAAGCUGGAGACGUUUCUUACAGCCAUUUUAUAUUCAGAUUUGACUUUAGAGACUGGAAGUUGAUGCUGUCCUCUGUUGCUGUUGGAGAGGAAUUAAUGCCAAACAGGAAAGCGAUGAACACAUCAAGAAGCACUCAAGCAUCAUUGCCUACUACCCCGAUAAGAAAAUUGUGCAGGAACAGAGGUUUGGUUAUGCAGGAGCACAUAGUAAUUGAAGACUUCCCUCAAACUGGAGAUUUAACUGAGGUGGCGGCAACCCGUAAGGGAAAGAGAAAACUUCUGUGAAAAGUUUUCAUAUAUCUUUUAUGAAAUGCUUGUCGUACUCUACUUUUGCACAUUUUGUGAAAAGUUUCACUUGGCAAAUAGGUCUUUAGUUGACGAAUACCUUAAAACCGAGAGCUGCCAUGUUAUUAAUGCAUAUAAGUUAGUAUUAUUUUUCUCUUGGUUUGAGUUUUA